UCUCACAUCGUUCAUCUUAUUACAUACCUCAACUUGUAAAGUCGACCAUGUCAGAAGCAUCAAGGCCCAGAAAGGUCCUGAUUGUUGGUGCUGGCCCAGUAGGCGCUCUUACAGCUCUAUCACUGCAUAAACGAGGAUGGCAAGUGGAAUUAUGGGAGUCACGCGACGAUCCAAGACAUAAGGAUAUAGCAUUGAGUAAUCUGAGGUCCAUCAAUUUGGCCAUCUCUGCGAGAGGUAUAGAAGCUCUCCGAUCUGUAGACCCUUCAUUAGCUGAGCAAUUCCUCAACAUGUCAAUCCCGAUGAAAGGCCGAAUGAUUCAUCAUGGAAUUGGAAAGGAGGAAUCCCAACUCUAUGAUCCCAUACGCAAUCAAAGCAUCAGGUCAUGUUCGAGACCGCUUUUGAAUCAGAAGCUAGUCGAAGCUCUACCUUCAGACAUACAACUACACUUCAAUACCAAAGUCCUGCGGAUCGAUUUCGAGGCAAAAGUUGCUUAUGGAUCUUCUCGGCGAGCAUCGGGCACAGUCCCAGGGGACGAACAUGUGCCUGGACCUUCAUCUGCAUCGGCGGGUCCGAGCCGACCUCCAAGUCGGAAUUCUAGGAGAACAGGUGGCGAGCUCGUCACACCCUUUGAUCUCGUCAUCGGAUGUGAUGGAUGUUGGAGUAAAGUGAGGAGUGAAAUGAUGCGGGCGGAGAGAAUCAACUUUUCUCAAUCGUUCAUCCCCCAUGCUUACAUCGAGCUUCAUAUGCCGCCAGAUCCCAACAAGCCAGGCGGAUUCGCCAUGGACAAGAACCAUCUCCACAUUUGGCCGCGGCACUCUUUCAUGUUGAUCGGGCUUCCUAAUCUCGAUGGAUCAUUCACCCUCACUCUCUUCCUUCCCUUCUCCUCCUUAGAGACACUCAGGACGCGAGAAGAUGCAGGCAGAUUCUUCAGAGAUAAUUUCCAAUCUGCUGUGGACAUUGUUGGCGAAGAGAGACUGGUCGACGACUUCCAAACGAACCCCAGGGGAAGUUUGGUCACCAUCAAUGUUCACCCAUCUUCCUGGUCAUCUCAUGCAGUGCUACUUGGCGAUGCCUCUCAUUGCAUGGUUCCCUUCUAUGGACAAGGCCUCAACUGCGGACUAGAGGACGUACGGGUAUUCAAUUCGUUCCUCGAGAAGCACAACAUCUCCCCUUCGAUGGAUGAUGACUACGGAGAGACGGACGAAACGCUCGCAGCAGCCCUGCGUGACUAUUCUGACCAUCGCGAGGAGGAUCUCAAGGCCAUCUGUCAUCUCGCGCUGGACAACUACGCUGAGAUGCGAUCGCACGUCUUGUCACCGAUGCAUCAUUUCCGAAGAUUCCUCGACUCGGUGCUCUCUGCCGUCAUCCCUUCGCAUCCAGUAUCGACUCUCUCAUUGACAGACCCAUUCCCUACCAAGCGGGUACGAGGCUGGACGAGUCUAUACGAGCUAGUCACGUUCAGACCCGACGUGGGCUACAGCGAAGCCUUAAGGAGGGAACAAUGGCAGAAGCAAGUUGUAGCUUGGGCAGGAUGGACCGGCGGGACGGGGCUCUUGUUGGCUGCCGGGAUAGGUGUAUUAACAGGUUUCAAGAUGCUGUCAGCGAGGCAGAGGUGAUGAACGGGGCCUAGAUAUGCUCUGUUUGAUGAUCGUCAUGAUAUGUAUAAGAUCUUGGAUCUUGCGGGAGAGGCGCCGGUUCUGAGAAAUGACUGCCGCAAUGGGAGCAGAGACCCGAAGAUGCAUGAAGGCUACUGCAUCAGAGGUGGAGGUAGAAGCGGAAAAACGGGGGAUACCUCGAAAUCUGGGUAUUUACCCACUUCGGCACUCAGAUCUAAUACAAUGUUGAUUUGUCG